AUGUCGCGCAUCACAUUAGGCUCGAGCAAUCUGCUGGAGUACAACCCGGAAUACGGCGUUCUAAUCUGUCGAGAUUGCGAGUACGCAAUACAGAAGAAAUUGGCGGACCAGACAACGGACGAAAAAGAGGCAACCGGAGAAGAAGACCUACUCGAGGAGAGCGAGAAACACUCCAGCGACUCCCGAGAAAGUGAGGACGAGCGAGCAAGCGAUGCCGAGGAAGCCGAUAUACCCAUGGAGGAUGUUAUGUCCAAGAUGUUGUUCAAGCCUGAAUACUCUUUAUCCGAGCCACCUCCCAUCGACUUUGACUUUGAGUUACUCAUGACAUUCCACAACUUCUGUUCAUCCACCCGCUUUACCCUUCCUAGUCCAGGCGUUAACAUCGGGGAAAGCUACUGGAAGGCAAACGUUCUCCCCCUAGCGUUAUCAAGGCCCUGGAUGAUGUCUGGACUGCUGGCUAUAUCCGACUUUCACGUGGUCGCGCUGGCAGAUGACGAGUCAAUGGUAAAGGGUCACAGUGAGCGAGCAAUGCGGUUCUUCGCAGGAUUUCUCGCAGGGCGUAGGGCAGCGAGUCUCCCUGUGCGUGGGACUGUACGCGAUCCCGAAGACAAGGACGAAGAGAGGAGAGUGGGCGGUCAGAUAAUGUGUGUCCUACGGUGUGCUCACUGGGCCCUGAUGAAGCCUAUGCUCGGUAGUCAGCGUUCGACUUCGUUCACCUCGUUCCCUUUCAAUUUGCACAAUUUCCUCACUGCUCUCCGAAGCUUCACCCUCGUCGAACGCAAUGGCAACUAUAGCACGCCAGAAGAGGUGUUUGCCCGCGCGAGUCAGAUAUUCAGACGCAGGGGUCAGUCUGAGGUUUCGCAUGAGAGUAGAAAGAACAUCGCACUGCUCGAUCGCUUGGACAAGCUACCUUCUCGAAUGUCCAACGUCUUUGGCAGGCCAGACAAUUUGAGAGAUGUUAUGGCCACGCUGGCAGCAAUCGCGACACUAGUCGAACAUUACAGUGCAAGAUUCACGCCCGACAUUGAUGUACCUUCAGUCAAUGCUGUAUGGCAUAGUAUGGUACAGUGGCUAAGCAAAGUACCGGAGGACUUUAAACAUAUGGUCUCACGACACGAACCAGCAGCUCUCGUCGUAGUCGCUUUCUGGGUGUCGGCGCUCGUAUCCCGUGCCGAGCAGUGCGGGUACUGGUUCCUGCAGGGUCUGGUGCACAAACUACAUCUCGAAAUCUCGGACCGCCUUCGAGGGACCAAGGGUGCGCUGAGCUUGAUCGACGGCCUCUUCUGUGAGAACCCAGAGGAUCCCAUGAUCCACUAG